ACUAGCAGCCGGUUUUCUCCAAGUACUAUUUUACUCAAAUAACUCGUAAUUUUUAUAUCUUCACAUCAAAAAAACCUAUAUUAGUGAAUAAGAUGAAAUGUAUUGUUACUUUAAUACAACUGUUAUUUAUAUCGCACGUCUGCCUGGCGACAUUGUCUCCACCGACUGAUAAAAAGUCUCAAAAAGGUGUAAAACCUCAAGAGGGAUCAAGAAAGAACAAUGUUUUGGAUCGGAAGCUGGUCGUAGAGACCCCAUAUGCUAAGGAUAUUCUUAAAUAUCAUGCCACCUAUCACCAGGAGACGUCGCUUAGAAACUUUAAAAACACUGUUUUGGGUUAUGUUACUCCGUGGAACAGCAAAGGUUAUGAUGCUGCGAAAACAUGGGCACCAAAAUUUGACUACAUCUCUCCAGUGUGGUUGCAGAUAAAGCGCCAAAGUCCACAUGUGUACAUCAUAUCUGGCUUACAUGAUGUAGACCAUGCAUGGAUGAAAACUGUGAAACAAAAAUCAGUUGGUGAUUUAAAAAUUGUGCCAAGACUUCUUUUUGAAAAUUGGGAAGCUUCAGAUCUGCAAUCAUUUUUCAUGGAACCCACAUCAAUUACAGAGCAAAAGGCUCUUAUAGAUGAAGUGAAAAAGGCAUGCAAACAGUGGCACUUUAAUGGUGUCGUCCUAGAAAUACUAUCACAAAUUGGAAAGUACAUUGAUAAAUCUGUCAAGUUCAUACAACAGUUUGGUCUGCAGAUGACAGAAGAUAAUUUGAGUCUCAUAAUAGUGUAUCCUCCCUUCAGAGGAUAUCCCAGCGAUGAGUUCUUCAUACAGGCUUUCAAUGAGAUUCACCCCUACGUCAAUGCUGUAUCUGUCAUGACUUAUGACUUUUCUAAUCCACAAAAACCUGGUCCCAACGCACCUUUGUAUUGGAUGAAAUUGUGCCUCGAGAAACUUAUCGGCGACGAAGAAAAUCCGACGAAGAGAUCGAAAAUAUUAUUAGGUCUCAAUUUCUAUGGUAAUUCGUAUACAGCCAAUGGCGGAGGGCCGAUUGUUGGCACAGAGUAUAUUGAACUCUUGAAGAAUGCCAAAGCCAAUCAAGCUUUGUCCUACAAUAAUAAUACUGCGGAAAACUAUAUUGAAGUCAAAACAUCACAAGGUGCAAAGAAGAUAUUCUUCCCCACGCUUUUCUCCAUACAGAAGAGGCUAGAGCUAGCGAACGAGUUCGGUACAGGCGUCGCGGUAUGGGAACUAGGGCAAGGCUUGCCAUACUUUUACGACUUACUCUAAUGUGAUAAAAAUCAAUAUAAUUCAUAAUUUAUUGUAAGAAUUCUGUCCUUAUUUAUUGCUAGUCAUUAGUCAUCUAGACCGUGGGGUUUACUGCUAUCUCUUAUAGCAGUAUUAUUUUACAUAUCACCACCACCAUAUCAACCCAUUAUGAUAUGAUACGGAACCCAUAUGAUAAGGGUUUAGGCCGUCCUCCAACACGCUGGCCCAGUGCAGAUUUAUUUAAUUUUA